AUGGCGACGCUCUCCGUCCCACAUCCCGCUAUUUGGGCCGGACUUGGAAUUGAAACCCCCGGAUUGAUCAACCUUCGAGAACUAGCUUUACCCCAUGCUAAGAUACCUCCGCAAAAUGAAUUGCGACGUCGGAGGCUAAAGGUCAUGGUUCACUUCGUUAGAGCGUUACUGGCGAGAAGAUUCCUGGUCAACUCGUGGUCAACGGCCGGUGCUAAUGCUUGA